AUGUCGCACGACGCCCACCAGGGACAGCUGGACGGCGCAGCGCCUGCUCACAAUGUCAUUCAGAAGAAACUUGGUGGAUUCGUCGGAUUCGCCAACCUGCCGAACCAGUACCACCGCAGGUCGGUGCGCAAGGGCUUCCACUUUACCGCCAUGGUCGUCGGCGAGUCCGGCCUCGGCAAGUCGACUUUGAUCAACACUCUCUUCAACACGAGCCUCUAUGCGAAGAAGAACGUUCCUGCGCCGCAUCACGAGAGGCCGCAGACGGUCGCGAUCGAGAGUAUCACGGCGGACAUUGAGGAGAACGGCGUCAGGCUGCGACUGACCGUUGUUGACACGCCCGGCUACGGCGACUUCAUCAACAACGAGGACGGCUGGAAACCCAUUCUCGACAACAUCGAGGCCCGCUUCGACGCCUACCUCGAGCAGGAGAACCGCGUCAACCGUCAGAAGAUGGUCGACAACCGCGUCCAUGCCUGCUUGUACUUCAUCGAGCCGACCGGUCACUCUCUCAAGCCCGUCGACAUCGAGUUCAUGCGUCGCCUCCACACUCGUGUCAACCUCAUCCCUGUCAUCGCAAAAGCCGACACGCUCACCGACGACGAGAUCGUCCAGUUCAAGGCGCGCAUCAUGUCCGACCUCGCACACCACCGCAUCGAGAUCUACCAGGCGCCGCAGUACGAGUUGGAGGACGAGGAGACAUUGGCUGAGAACGAGGAGAUUGUCCGCAAGAUCCCCUUCGCCGUUGUCGGCUCCGACACGGUGGUUUCGACUCCCGAUGGCCGACAAGCACGCGGACGCGCCUACCCAUGGGGCACCAUCGAGGUCGACAACGAGGACCAUUGCGACUUCGUCAAGCUGCGGCAGAUGCUCAUCCGCACGCACAUGGAGGAGUUGAAGGAGCACACGAAUGGCGCUUUGUACGAGAACUACAGGACGGAGAAGUUGUUGGCGAUGGGUGUCGCGCAGGAUCACUCGGUCUUCAAGGAGGUCAACCCGGCGGCCAAGAUGGCGGAGGAGCGCGCCUUGCACGAGGCCAAGCUCGCAAAGAUGGAGGCCGAGAUGAAGAUGGUCUUCCAGCAAAAGGUCAACGAGAAGGAGGCCAAACUCAAGCAGUCGGAGGAGGAGCUCUACGCGCGCCACCGCGAGAUGAAGGAGGCGCUCGAGAAGCAGCGCAUCGAUCUCGAGGAGAAGAAGAGGCGCCUCGAGCAGGGAAGGCCGUUGACGCCGGAAAAGCAGCAGACGAAAAAGAAGGGCUUCUUGCGCGCAUAG